AUGUUCAAUUGGAGAGAAGAACGUAUCACCAUAUCCCAAGUGGCAAUUUUCGAGUGGUGGAUUCCCCAAGUCGAACAUGAGACGACCAAACAUCAGGGUCAAGACGAGCACCGAAUUGCACCCGAAUUCCUUGGCCAUCUCAACGAAAAUGGCCGGGUCAUUGGCUUUCUCAUGGAGCAGGUUGUUGGAGACUAUGCUUCCCUGGAUGAUCUGCCUGCUUGUGAGACCACGUUGCGGAGGCUGCACACCAUGGGUCUGGUUCAUGGAGACGUGAAGCGCUUCAACUUUGUGGUGGAUCGCUCGACAGGCCAAGCGAGGAUUAUUGACUUUGAACAUGCUGAGCCAUAUGAUGAGGAGAAGGCGCAACUGGAACUGGAACAAUUGAGGGCAGAGCCGUCUGAGACGACGGGAAGAGGAACAGCCACGACAAUAGUAAAAGGCGUGAGCGUGAUUGAUGUGACUCCUGUUCCUUACCCGUGGGCAAUGGACUAA